AUGAGUGCAACGGAGUUGAUAGGCUUGUUGGAGGAUCCGGAUGCAUUUGCUCGAAAUCACGCCCAGAUACGAAGCCAGCUACUUGCCCAUGUUAAAGCUCAGGACAUGGCUAUAGCCAAAGUCACAGAAGAACUCGAAACCUCCAAAAUGGCCAAUAAGGCAUUCAAGCAGGCGUUAUCCGAAAUCGGUACCGUGGUUAUCAGUGUCGCCAUGGGUGACUUGUCGAAAAAGGUGGAAAUUCACACCGUAGAAUCAGACCCAGAGAUCCUCAAGGUGAAAAUUACCAUUAAUACCAUGAUGGAUCAACUACAAACAUUUGCCAAUGAAGUCACCAAAGUAGCCACCGAGGUCGCCAAUGGUGAGCUUGGUGGACAAGCCAAGAACGAAGGAUCCGUUGGUAUCUGGAGAUCUUUGACAGAUAAUGUUAACAUCAUGGCUCUCAACUUGACUAACCAAGUCCGUGAAAUUGCCGAUGUCACUCGUGCGGUCGCAAGAGGUGAUUUGUCGAGAAAAAUCAAUGUGCAUGCCCAGGGAGAAAUCUUACAAUUGCAAAUGACCAUCAACUCGAUGGUGGAUCAAUUGAGAACGUUUGCCUUUGAAGUAUCGAAGGUCGCCAGAGAUGUUGGUGUCUUGGGUAUCUUGGGUGGACAAGCCCUCAUUGGAAACGUGGAGGGUAUCUGGAAAGAAUUAACUGAUAAUGUGAAUGCCAUGGCUUUGAAUUUAACGACACAGGUGAGAAAUAUUGCAAAUGUUACCACAGCGGUGGCCAAAGGUGACCUUUCAAAGAAGGUGACAGCGGACUGUAAAGGUGAAAUUUUGAAUCUUAAACUCACAAUUAAUCAAAUGGUGGAUCGAUUGCAAAAUUUUGCUUUGGAGGUUACCACAUUGUCUCGCGAGGUUGGAACUCUAGGCAUUCUAGGAGGUCAAGCCAACGUUCAGGAUGUGGAAGGUGCUUGGAAAGCUGUCACUGAAAAUGUCAAUUUGAUGGCUACCAAUUUGACCAAUCAAGUGCGUUCCAUUGCCACGGUGACCACAGCUGUCGCCCAUGGUGAUUUAUCGCAAAAGAUCGAUGUGCAUGCUCAGGGAGAAAUUCUUCAACUCAAGAACACGAUCAAUAAGAUGGUGGACUCUUUGCAACUUUUCGCAUCCGAAGUGUCUAAGGUUGCCCGAGAUGUCGGUAUUAAUGGUAAGUUGGGUAUUCAAGCACAAGUUAGCGACGUUGAUGGUUUAUGGAAAGAAAUUACCUCCAAUGUGAAUACUAUGGCUUCUAACUUGACCUCGCAAGUGAGAGCAUUUGCUCAGAUUACAGCGGCCCGCUACUGA